CACGAACACCGGCCGCGCCGUGCGCUAAUUAUAAUCUCCGAGCACAUCGCUUUCGUCCACCCGCCCUCACUCCACGGCGCGGCGUCUCGCCGUCCCUUUCACUCGCGCAAUGGCGCCACCGCGCACACUAUUUAUACCACCACGGCCGCGCCGUACACUCAUCGCCACCCCACACUCCAGUCUCCAGCCAUGGCCGCCCCCGCCGCCGGCCGGUUGCUCCCCUUGCUGCUGCUGUUUCUGCUUGCGCUGCUCCUCGUCGAUGACGACGCAGCCGCCGCUUCCAGUGUGACGUACGACAACCGCUCCCUCAUCAUCGACGGCCGCCGCCGCCUCCUCAUCUCCACCUCCAUCCACUACCCGCGCAGCGUUCCUGCGAUGUGGCCCAAGCUGGUGGCGGAAGCCAAGGAAGGCGGCGCCGACUGCAUCGAGACCUACGUCUUCUGGAACGGCCACGAGAGCGCCCCCGGCCAGUACUACUUCGAGGACCGCUUCGAUCUGGUGCAGUUCGCGAGGGUUGUCAAGGACGCCGGCCUCUACCUCAUGCUGCGCAUCGGCCCCUUCGUCGCCGCCGAGUGGAACUUCGGGGGCUUGCCGGUGUGGCUGCAUUACAUACCUGGAACGGUGUUCCGCACCAACAAUGAGCCGUUCAAGUCUCACAUGCAGAGCUUCACCACGAAAAUCGUGGACAUGAUGAAGAAUGAGCAGUUCUUUGCUUCGCAGGGCGGGCACAUCAUCCUAGCUCAGAUUGAAAAUGAGUAUGGAGGUGAUGAACAAGCGUACGGGGCCGGUGGCAAGGCAUACGCGAUGUGGGCAGCUAGUAUGGCUCUGGCUCAGAACACUGGUGUCCCUUGGACCAUGUGCCAGCAGUCUGAUGCUCCUGAUCCUGUGAUAAACACCUGCAACUCAUUCUACUGCGAUCAGUUCGAGCCAAAUUCUCCAACCAAGCCAAAAAUUUGGACCGAGAAUUGGCCAGGAUGGUUCCAGAAUUUUGGUGAAAGUAAUCCCCACAGACCCCCUGAGGAUGUUGCAUUUUCUGUUGCACGUUUUUUCGGGAAAGGUGGCAGCGUCCAGAAUUACUAUGUGUACCAUGGUGGAACAAACUUUGGUCGCACUACUGGAGGACCGUUCAUUACAACUAGCUAUGACUAUGAUGCACCAAUUGAUGAAUAUGGCCUUAGGAGACUUCCAAAAUGGGCACAUCUGAAGGAGCUUCACAAAUCUAUAAAAUUGUGCGAACACUCUCUGCUUUAUGGAAACUCAACAUUACUUUCUCUUGGCCCUCAACAAGAGGCUGACGUUUACACUGAUCACUCAGGAGGAUGUGCUGCAUUCCUAGCUAACAUCGACUCGGAAAAUGACAAAGUUGUCACUUUUAGGGACAUACAAUAUGAUCUUCCUGCUUGGUCAGUUAGUAUCCUACCUGACUGCAAGAAUGUGGUUUUCAAUACUGCAAAGGUUCGGUCUCAAACUUUGAUGAUGGACAUGGUUCCGGAAACUCUGCAAGCAUCACAACCUGAUCCAUGGAGCAUUUUUACAGAAACGAUUGGGACUUGGGAUAAAAAGGACUUCAUACAAAAUGGAUUUGCAGACCAUAUUAAUACAACGAAAGACUCUACUGACUACCUGUGGUAUACAACAAGUUUUGAUGUGAACAUAAGUUACCCUGCAAGUGGGAACCAUCCAGUUCUUAAUAUUGACUCCAAAGGCCAUGGUGUACACGCAUUCCUGAAUAAUGUGCUUAUAGGUAGUGCAUAUGGUAAUGGCUCACAAUCAAGUUUCAGUGUGCAUAUGCCCAUUAAUUUGAAGACUGGGAAGAAUGACAUUGCACUACUGAGUAUGACUGUUGGAUUGCAUAAUGCAGGAAUCUAUUAUGAAUGGAUAGGAGCUGGCCUUACAAGUGUUAACAUCUCUGGAAUAAAAAAUGGAACCAUAGAUUUGUCUUCAAAUAAUUGGGCAUACAAGAUUGGGUUGGAAGGUGAACAUUACAGUUUGUUCAAACCUGAUCAGGCCAAUAACCAAAGGUGGCGGCCACAAUCUGAGCCACCAAAAGAUCAGCCUUUGACAUGGUACAAGGUAAAUGUUGAAGUUCCACAAGGAGAUGACCCAGUUGGGUUAGACAUGCUGUCUAUGGGGAAAGGCCUGGCUUGGUUGAAUGGAAAUGCCAUAGGGAGGUAUUGGCUCCGGACUAGUUCUACUGAUGACAGGUGCAAUUCAAGCUGUAACUACAGAGGGACAUUUUCUCCAGACAAGUGCAGAUCUGGGUGUGGGAAGCCAACUCAAAGAUGGUACCAUGUCCCAAGGUCAUGGUUUCACCCAUCAGGGAACACCCUUGUGGUUUUUGAGGAGCAGGGUGGGGAUCCCACGAAGAUUACAUUUUCAAGAAGAGUCGCGACAAGCAUUUGUUCCUUUGUGUCAGAGAACUAUCCUUCCGUUGAUCUGGAGUCCUGGGAUAGAAGUGUCUCAGAUGAUGCCAGAGUAGCAGCAAAAGUACAAUUGUCUUGCCCCAAGGGCCAAAAAAUCUCUUCCAUUAAGUUUGCAAGCUUUGGAGACCCCAGUGGAACAUGCAGAUCCUACCAACAAGGAAGCUGCCACCAUCCAAGCUCUCUAUCUGUCGUUGAGAAGGCCUGUCUGAACAUCAAUAGCUGUACAGUUUCACUGUCAAAGGAGGGAUUCGGAGAAGAUAUAUGCCCUGGCGUCACCAAAACACUUGCCGUUGAAGCAGACUGUUCGUAGUGAGUUCUACUCAUCUAAGAGUUCCGACAACUGCAAAUAU